UGCUACCUAUCUCAGUGUUGAAGCGACACUCGGUGCGGUGGGUACGGCCAUCGCACGAAUUUUAAAUUUAGAAUUUUAUUUUUCAAUAUAAAUACUUUUUUUGUGUUAACUUCAGUGAUUAAAUUACAUAGAUUUGUUAGUGUUAAAUCCAGAGUGGGAUAUUAGAAAAGUUGCAGUUGGAAUUUGCGUCGCUCUACAAACUUUCAGAUAGAUCAAGAUGGCGACUUCAGUCCUCCAACCCGAAGACUGCCGAAGGGAGCACGAGCCCAAGCCGGACAUCAUCGAAGCGCCGAGGCUAACCGAUGAUGACCGAAUGCAUAUCCUCGAAGCUAAAGAGCGGGAAACUGGUGAACUGCCUCCGGAAUUGAGAGAAAAGGCCAGAACUGAAUUGAGAGAGGAACCAGCGCUUAGGGAACAGGCUUUAGCACAAAUGAGACAUUUUAUUGAGAAGCAUCCUGCGAUUAAGAAAUGUAGAACUGACUCACCAUUCCUUCUCCGCUUCCUCCGGACCAAGAAGUACUCGAUCCCUCAAGCAUGUUCCAUGUUGGAGCGCUACCUGACCAUCCGGCAGAUGUACCCGCAGUGGUUCCAGAAGCUGGACCCAUUGGACCCCAAGAUCGCGGCGGUCAUUGACGCGGGGUAUCUGGUGCCUUUGCCUAAGAGGGAUGCUGAAGGACGACGGGUGGUGCUGUCUUGUAUGGGUCGUUUUGACCCCCACCAGUUCGACAAUUGCGUGAUGGCGCGCGUGCACUCCAUGAUAGUGGAACUGCUGUUGGAUGAGCCUCGUUCACAACUGCUGGGCUACACACAUGUGAAUGACGAGGCUGGUAUGCAGAUGCCUCAUGUAUCUCUGUGGUCUCUGACAGAUGUGCGGAUCAUGCUUAAUUGUAUACAGAACUCCACCCCGAUGCGGCACAAGCGCACCCACUUCGUGAACAUUCCAACCUACGGCAUCAAGUUCUUUGAGUUCGCAGUCUCUCUGCUCAGUGAUAAGCUGAAGGAUCGUGUGAUGUUCCACCGGACCAGCGAGGAUUUGAUGAAGCACGUGGACCCAGCAAUUCUGCCCAAAGAGUACGGAGGCACCGUCCCUCUCAGAGACAUGAUUGAAGAAUUAAAACGCAACCUUUUGAAACGGAGGGAUGACUUGCUCUCUCUAGAUGACAUGUGUGUUGACUUACACGCCUUGGAGAAAAACGACUUAACUCAAGAUAUACACUCGACAGCUGGCUCCUUCAGAAAACUUGAAUUAGAUUAAGAACUAAUAUUAUAGUUUGCUCUAAAAUGCAGCCUUAACGAAAUGUCUUUAAAGUAAAUAUUUUUUGAACGAAACUUUUACAACCCUUUCGAAGUUUGCUGGGCAAUUGUUGGUAUAAUUAUUAGCUUAGAUUUUAGUAUGAUUAUAAAUUAACUUUUACGUUUCCAAACCUUGCUUUGCUUUCACAAUAUUUUAAUUAGGGUUUACAUUUAAUUUCACUAGCUAAUUAAUCAUUUUGUGAUGGCUAUUGUUAAUUAAACAAUAUCAAAUGUAAGUACUCAGUAAUAUAACUGUAUGCAAAUAGAUCUCAUUCACUGUUAUUAGGUAAGCAUUUUUGAAAAAUGGGUAUGAACUACAUUAAAAUGCUUUUGAAGUUAUAUAAUCUUGCUGAAACAACAUUAAUGUUAAUUCUAUAAGCCUACAUUUAUUCGUUUAUUUUAGUAACUAUUAUAGAGAGCUUGUGGCAGCCGUCGGUGGUGUCACGUUACCAUUCUUAACGGAAGGUUCUGAAAAAUAUUGUCAUUACCAUCUGUUGCGAUGUGUGUUUAUCAAUUAGAUUUCUCGUAUAUUUAAGAUAACUGCCAACAUGACAAACUGACUGCUGCAUUAAAUUGAUCACUUUUUGUAAUGAAAAAGGGCUUUUGUAACAGCGCUUCUUAGUAACGAUUUUUGUAUUAAUUCAUCAUUGGUUUAUAAGUCAUUCGAAAAAUGGGUAGAGUACCUAUGUUGUAAGCUGUAAAAAAUAAAUAAAGUAUGUUGAA